AUGUCCAGUACAGCCGCUAUUAAAAUCUUGAUUAGUGGACCUAUCACUCAUCAAAUGAUUGCUCAUGUUGCCCAAAAAGCGGCCGAGGUGAUCCCUUGCGAUCCGCCGCCACACUUAAACGGUUCCUCACAAGCAAAGCCGCCAACACCAACAAGCGCCAACACCAUCGCGGGGAGCGUUAAAAACAGUAGCGGUAAUGUCACCACGAGUCACACGGCGGCUACAACGCAUUCUCACACGCUUGGCGAAGAGGACCAACAGCCCUUGCCUCCUCUCCUUUCAUUCAUACAACGAUUGGUGAUAAAGUCGAAUGUAUCAACUGCCACAUUCCUCACAACCCUCGUGUAUUUGGCAAGGCUAAAGAAUAAGUUACCAAAGCUUGCAAGAGGUAUUUAUUCAUUAUUUCUUCUUCGAUUCCACUUUUCAUCGCCAAGGAUCAUGAAAAGAAGAGGUCUUGAACUCGACGGUUUGAAAUCACAUGACUUGGUAUUGUGA